AAAGACACGUCACACUGGAUGGCUCAAUCUGUCACUCCACACUCCUUUUUAUCUCAAUCAGCUCAUUAUAUACAACAGCAAUACAGCAUCAACAUAAAAAACCUUCCAAUUCAUUCACACACACCGAAUAGACACCAACCAACCACACGACAACAACCAAAAGAAGCGCGCCAUGGUGUUCGACGCGGGCGCCGGGAGCGCUGGCGGCUCACCGGCGGCGCUGAACCAGAACCCUCUCCGCGUGAUCCUGACGCGGCGGUUCGCGCGGCAGGUGCUUCUGGGCCGGUGGUUCACGGUGUUUGCUAGCCUCCUCAUCAUGGCGGGCUCCGGCGCGACGUACAUCUUCGGGAGUUACUCUGGCGCGCUCAAGUCGUCGCUGGGCUACGACCAGCACACGCUCAACACAGUCUCCUUCUUCAAGGACCUCGGCGCCAACCUCGGCGUCUUCUCCGGGCUCAUCAACGAGGUCACGCCCCCCUGGGUCGUGCUCGCCAUGGGCGCCUCCAUGAACUUGAUGGGCUAUCUCAUGGUUUACCUCGCCGUGUCCGGCCGCACGGCGAGGCCGCCGGUAUGGCUCGUCUGCCUCUACAUCUUCGUCGGCGCAAACUCGCAGUCGUUCGCCAACACGGGCGCCCUCGUCACCUGCGUCAAGAACUUCCCGGAGAGCCGCGGCGUGGUGCUCGGGAUACUGAAGGGAUUCGUCGGGCUCAGUGGCGCCGUGUACACGCAGCUCUAUCUGGCUUUCUACGGCGGCGACGACGCCGAAUCACUCAUCCUGCUCAUCGCGUGGCUGCCGGCGGCGGUGUCGGUCUUGUUCGUGCACACCAUACGGUACAUGCCGUACCCGCGGCGCCGCGGCGGGCAGGAGACCAGCGCCGACCCGUUCUUCUGCUUCCUCUACCUCUCCAUCGCGCUCGCGUGCUUCCUGCUCGUCAUGAUCGUCGUGCAGAAGCAGGUCACGUUUUCGCGCGACGCCUACCGCAUCGCCGCCACGCCGCUGCUCAUCCUCCUCUUCCUCCCCAUCGGCGUUGUCAUCAAGCAGGAGUACAAGAUCCACCGCGAGCGCGAGCUCGACGCCGCCCUCCGCGCCAGCGACCCGCCUCCGACCGUCACCGUCGUUGACGGCGCAGCUCACGUCGAAAUGUCAACGAACACCAAGAAAACAGAGCAGCAGCAGCAGCCGGUGGCGCCUCCCACGGCGAACUCUUCGUCUUCCUCGUCUUGCAUGGGUUCGUUCGGCGGGUGCGUCAAGACCAUGUUCCGGCCGCCAGCGAGGGGGGAGGACUACACGAUCCUGCAGACCCUGGUGAGCGUGGACAUGCUGGUGCUGUUCGUGGCGACCAUCUGCGGCGUGGGUGGGACGCUGACGGCGAUCGACAACAUGGGCCAAAUCGGCCAGUCGCUGGGUUACCCGUCCAAGAGCAUCAACACCUUCGUCUCGCUCAUCAGCAUCUGGAACUACGCCGGGCGCGUCACCGCCGGCUACGCCUCCGAGGCGAUCCUGGUCCGGUACAGGUUCCCGCGCCCGCUGCUGCUCACCGGCGUGCUCUUCCUCGCCUGCGCAGGCCACGUCCUCAUCGCGCUCGGCGUGCCGCAGUCGCUCUACGCCGCCUCCAUCGUGAUCGGGUUCUGCUUCGGCGCGCAGUGGCCGCUGGUCUUCGCCAUCAUCUCCGAGGUGUUCGGGCUCAAGUACUACUCCACGCUCUACAACUUCGGCGGCAUGGCCAGCCCCAUCGGCUCCUACAUCUUGAACGUGCGCGUCGCCGGGAGGCUCUACGACGCCGAGGCCGUCCAGCAGGGCGGCGGGCGCGAUCGGGUGUGCCUCGGGGUGGACUGCUUCAAGCGGUCGUUCCUGAUCAUCACGGCGGCCACCGUGUUCGGCGCGCUCGUGUCGCUGGUGCUGGUGUGGAGGACGUGGAGCUUCUACAAGGGCGACGUCUACGCGAGGUUCCGGGAGGGCGCCGGUGAGGGGCAGGACGGCCGUCUGCCGGUCGGCCAACAGCGGAUGCCGGAGGAGGAGGAGCCAGCAACGGUCAACGGCAGGAAGGGGUGAGGACUGAGCAGCAGCAGAAGGCUCAGAGGUUUGACUUGGUCAGUGCAGGAGGUGCUGCUGCCUAAUUCCACUGACGGGUUUGACUUGGUCUACUUCUACGGCAAUGAUUGCUGACGUGGAAGCUAGUCCUACAACCGGAGUGAUUGAGUGAACUAGCUUCUUCAGCAGGGGAGUCAACAAGAGUAGUAUAAGUAUUGUCUGGCCGUCCGGUAAAAUACUAAGCUGACACCACUUAUGAGUAUGACAAGUAGGCCCUAUGUGAAUGUAAAUAUACAUGCAAACGAAACUUCAGAAAAUUUGGGCUGUA